AUGGAAGACCACAACCGACCCGUCACAGGCUAUCCCGCCUCCAACCCUAACGGCUAUCCACCCAAUCCGCCGCCCUCCGGCACCGCUUACCCCUACGCCGCCGCCGCACCUCCACCGAACCCCUACUACGGCUAUCCAAACAAUCCCUACCACCAUCCCCGCCGCUCCACGUUUUCCCGCCGCUUCCUGGCCUUCACCAUCGGCCUAAUUGUCGUCCUCGGAGCCGUCACCUUAAUCAUAUGGCUUGUCCUGCGCCCUCAGGUCCCCCAGUUCCGGGUCGACUCGGUCACCCUCUCCAAUCUGACCGUCAGCGAUAACUCCUUGGUCUCCUUCACAUCCCAAGUCCGCCUCACGGCCCGAAACCCCAACCGGAGGCUGACCCUCGCGUAUGAUCGCUUGGACGCCGCCGUCUAUUACAGGUCGUGGUCGCUCGCCGACACCGUGCUGCCGCCGUUCUCGCUGGGCACGAAGAGCGAAACUCAGUUGACUGCCAAUUUCUCGUCGGUGGGGAAUUUCGUCGAGCGGGUGGCGGCAGAUGGGAUGAACAGAGAAAGGGGGAGUAGAGGGAGCAUAGGGCUAAAUUUGAGGGUGCUUUCUAGGGUUAGGUUCAGGACGAAUGCAUGGAGGACCAGGGUUAGGCUCCUGCAGGUGUUCUGCGGGGAUUUGGAGGUUGGGGUUCCGAGCAACGGGAGGCAGGGGACUCUGACCGGUGGUCCGAGGCGGUGCCGGGUGGUGGUUUGA